AUGGCCGAGCCUGAAGCUUCUGUUUGCUAUGUCGGAGUCACUCGAAACUCUGCCGCUUUUCGUCUUAUGAAACAAAUGGGGUGGGAAGAAGGCGAGGGGCUUGGGAAAGACAAGCAAGGGAUCAAAGGAUAUGUCAGAGUGAAGAACAAACAGGACACUGUUGCAUUAAUUUUGAGGAUUGAUGUAGGGAUUGGAUUGGACGGGCCCAAGAAAAACUGGGCUUUUGAUACAUCGCAGUUUGAUGACAUUCUCAAGAGAUUGAAAGUGCAAGCAACACAGACCAAAGAUGAAGUCGAUGUAAAGAACAAAGUCGAAGAGGAUAAAACAGAUGAAGAUGACGAUAAAUCAAAUGCAUCUGAAAUGGAAAUUGAUGUGGUUGUCAAAACAACAAGGCCGCAAGGAAGGUAUAAGAAGAGGGAGAGGGGGAAAUGUGUUCAGGGAUAUUCUGCCAAAGAUCUCGAAGGAAUACUUGUAAACAAGAACAAGGAUACUACUAAUGCAGAUUUCAAUAAGGGUACUAAAUCAAGAUUGAUGGAUGCAUCUGAAUGUACUCUUUCAGUGGUUGAAGAGAUCAUAUUAAAAGAGCUUCCACCUGAUUGGUGGGGUUUUAAGCUUGGAUUUGUAUCAGGAGGAGUUCUUGGAUCAGAAGCCAAAAGGAAAAACCUCAAUACCAACAAAGAGAGGAGUACUUUCUGUGAAGAUGAUCAAGAGAAUCUUUAUAAUCUUGUCCAAAAUACGGCUACGACUGGAAAACAAGGAUUGGGUAUUAAGGAUCGUCCAAAGAAAAUAGCUGGUUGCUACUUUGAGGGGAAGAAAACUAAUUUUGAUGACAGUGAUGCUGAUGAAGAUUCAAGAAGUGAUUGUGAUGAUGAUGAUGACAAUGAUUGUUUAGAAGAAGAAGAGGAAGUGGGGAGGAAGAAAGAGCCAAAAUUGAAGUUGAAAAAGCUUUGUAGGAAGCUUCUUAAUCAAGUGCCUGAGAAGAAACUCAAAUUGAAACAACUCAAGGCUCUUCUUGACGAGAAAGCACCCUCUGUUUUUGCCAAUUUCUCCAAGGGAGACGCCCUCGCUUUCUUAAAAAACAAGCUUGAAGGCAACAAGAAGUUUUUGGUGGAUGGGAAGAAGGUUAGCCUCUCUAGAUAAAAGAGUGGUAACUGAAAUUUUGAUUCAUUUGAGAAUUUAUAUAUUGCUACCAAACUUGAUUUUUCUACAAUGCUUGCAUACAAUUGUUUGAAUUGUAUAAACAUUAAGACUAUGAUUAUGUUGGAAAAUAAUAUGUUGUCAUUAAGCUAUUAUAAUGGAUUAAGUUUUUUUUUUU